AUGCCACCCAAGAAAUCUGUCGGAAACGGCGAUGCUGGCGAGAACGGUGGUCCCUUCAAAUGGGAAGGCCCAAAUGACACGAAGCUCUUACUCUUGACUCAAGGCCGUUGGGUUAAGCCAGAUGAGUACCCUCAGUUAUCUUCUGCAUUCCCUGGUAUGUACCACUCCCCUCCGCAUCCCGUCUCUCCAUUCCUAAUCCCCUAUAUCUCCACCUUCCCCCCUUCUCAUCUUUUCCCAAUCUUCCGCACUUCAAUCGGCAGCAUCCGUAACCGCAUCUCCACCCUGCGCGUCAAACAACGCGAUCUCUACCUGGAACUCUCCUGGGAACUUCCCGAAGGCGGCGCAGGACACAGUGCAAAGAAGACUGCAAAGACGACUCCUCGCAAGACGGCAUCUGCCAAGAAGAGGACUGCUGAUGCCAUUGGUGAUGGAUUCGGAGAUGAGGGUGAGAAUGGGGAGGAGAUCGAGACGCCGAGUAAGAAGCCUCGGGCUAGGAAGGGCAAGAAAGAGAACCUGGGAGAGGGAUGGGAGGAAGAGAUGGUUGAAGAUGAGUCUGGAGUGGAGGAGGACUACAUCCCCAUGGCUCAGAGGGUCAAGGAAGAAGUCAUCGAGGAGAUGGUUUAG